AAUGCGAAUGUCGAAAUUCACAUUGUUUUGAAAUUCACCUCACAUUGUUUUGAAAUUCAAUUUAUGUGCUUAAUUUUGGACCCUACACCACUUAAGGCACACCACAUGGUGGCGACAAGAAGCACUGAAUAAUUUUUCCCCACCACCCCCUUCCCUCCCUCCCCCACUCCGUGAACGGUUAUGGCGCACUUAAAAUAAACACUCCGACUCUCCCUCCCUCCCUCACGUCCUCCCCGCUUCCCCUCUCUCUCUCUCUCUCUCUCUCUCUACAACUCCCUUUCUCUCUCUCUAUUUCCCUCUCUCUCUAUAUUCUCAUCCCAUUCCUAUACAUACACAAUCUCCAUCUGAAUCUCAAGCGCCCAGAACAACAACAAAUUAACGAUGAGAGAGAUCCUCCACAUCCAAGGCGGCCAAUGCGGGAACCAAAUCGGGUCCAAGUUCUGGGAGGUUAUCUGCGGCGAGCACGGCAUCGAGCCCGAUGGCCAGUACAAGUCCCUCGACGCCGACCACACGUCGGAACUCCAGCUGGAGCGGAUCAACGUGUACUACAACGAGGCGUCCAACGGGCGGUACGUGCCCCGGGCCGUGCUCAUGGAUCUCGAGCCGGGCACCAUGGACAGCAUCAGAUCCGGCCCGUACGGGAAGAUCUUCCGUCCCGAUAACUUUGUGUUUGGGCAGUCCGGAGCGGGGAAUAAUUGGGCCAAGGGGCACUAUACGGAGGGCGCGGAGUUGAUCGACUCGGUGCUUGAUGUUGUCAGGAAGGAGGCCGAGAAUUGUGAUUGCUUGCAAGGUUUCCAGGUAUGUCACUCGCUUGGAGGAGGCACCGGUUCGGGCAUGGGAACCCUGUUGAUCUCGAAGAUAAGGGAGGAAUACCCAGACAGAAUGAUGCUCACAUUCUCUGUUUUCCCUUCACCAAAGGUUUCCGACACGGUUGUUGAACCCUACAAUGCCACCCUCUCGGUGCACCAGCUGGUAGAGAAUGCUGAUGAAUGCAUGGUCCUUGACAACGAGGCACUCUAUGAUAUUUGUUUCAGGACAUUAAAGCUCAGCAAUCCAAGCUUUGGGGAUCUUAACCACUUGAUCUCUUCAACCAUGAGUGGGGUAACUUGCUGCCUUCGAUUCCCCGGCCAGCUGAACUCCGACCUCCGAAAGCUAGCCGUGAACCUAAUCCCAUUCCCACGCCUUCACUUCUUCAUGGUGGGAUUCGCACCCCUCACUUCCCGUAGGUCCCAGCAGUACGCCUCCCUCUCUGUCCCAGAACUGACUCAGCAAAUGUGGGACGCCAAGAACAUGAUGUGCGCCGCUGACCCCCGCCAUGGCCGCUACCUCACUGCCUCCGCCAUGUUCCGUGGGAAAAUGAGCACCAAAGAAGUCGACGAGCAAAUGAUCAACGUCCAGAACAAGAACUCGUCCUACUUCGUGGAGUGGAUCCCGAACAACGUGAAGUCGAGCGUUUGUGAUAUCCCCCCUAUCGGAAUGAAAAUGGCAUCCACGUUUGUGGGCAACUCGACCUCAAUUCAAGAGAUGUUCAGGAGGGUGAGCGAGCAGUUCACUGCUAUGUUCAGGCGCAAGGCGUUUCUGCAUUGGUACACUGGGGAAGGGAUGGAUGAGAUGGAGUUCACGGAGGCCGAGAGUAACAUGAAUGAUUUGGUGGCGGAGUAUCAGCAGUAUCAGGAUGCUACGGCGGAGGACGAGGGAGAGUACGAGGAGGGUAUGGAAGAGAAUUAUGAGGCGUGAGAGCUGCAACAAUGGAAUUUGAUUUCCUAAGUUUUUGCUUUAUCUACUACUCUACUAGUACUGCUAUCCAUCUGGGCGUCUUUCUUUUUCCUUUGUUGGUUUUGGGUUCUGUUCCAUUUUCAUCAUCUUUUCCUGUCAAACAUGUGGUUUUCUCGUUGUUAUUAUACUUUCCCUAUUGGCGAUUUGGAUGUCAUUGUUUGUUUUUAUUAAUUCAUUUGGGCCAGUAAGAUUUGCUAUUGUAGAAUGAAGCCAGAGUGAUAUAUUCUUGUUCCUGUUCCUGUAGAAAUUCCUUCUAUUUUGUGAA